AUGUCGGAGGCGGUUGAUCUCUCCUUUCUCUCUGAGACAGAGAGGGACUUGAUCUUGAAAGUUCUUCAGCGGGACGAGGAGCUCCGAAAAGCCGAAGAGAAGCGGAUCAGGAGACUAAAGAAUGAGCUGCUGGAGAUCCGGAGGAAAGGGGCCAAGCGGGGCAGCCAGCGGUAUGGUGAGCGGACUUGUGCCCGGUGCCAGCAGAGCCUGGGGAGAAUAUACCCCAAAACCAACACUUGCCGAGGCUGUAAUCACCUGGUGUGUCGGGACUGCCGCACCCCUGGCGCCCAUGGCACCUGGAGGUGCAAGGUGUGCGUCAAGGAAGCAGAGCUGAAGAAGACAACCGGUGACUGGUUUUACGAUCAGAAAGUGAAUCGCUUUGCUAACCAUCUGGCCAGCGACUUAGUGAGGAUGUCACUGCGCAAGAAGCCAACAGCUGGUAAAAGAGACACUGUGGGACAGUCUCUUCUCCAGCAGUCUCAACUCAGUGAGGCCCGGACUGGAAUGAGGAGCAGCCAGGAGCCACUCAAGGAGUUCAGCUUGUCAUUUGAUGCUUCAGAGCCCAGAGAUGGAAAGGAUUCUCUGGAGCCCAAGAGCACGAGCAUGGACAGUAGCCAAGUGGAUGCUGUAGGCGACACUUGGAGAAACCCUCUGGAGAAAGUUGGAACAUUGCAAGAAAGCAAGAGAAGCUCUGAGGGCCCAGAGUGCAGCACUUCUCUGGCCAUGACCAAUAAGGCUGAAGCAGACGAUGAAGUACAGCCUUUGGGGCAGAGCUUGGGAUCUACAGAUGAGACUGAAAUGAUAUUCAAGAAGAAUCCCAGGAGAGCCCUGAGGCCUUCAGAGUAUACUAAGUCUGUUAUGGAUCUUCGCCCAGGGGACUUAAACCCUGGCAGUGGCUCCUUGGGAGACAGAAGCAGGUCGGUCCCAGGCCUCAUCGCGGACAUGGAGGAGGAGGAGGAAGAGGAAGAAGAAGACAUCGAUAGCCUGGUAGAGAUCCAUCGGCAGAAAACAGCCAGAAGCAGUCUACGUAGUGGUUCUUCCUUGAGCACCCUGGGCAGCAUGGUGAGCAUCUACAGUGAGGCUGGGGAAGUCAGUGACAUCUUGAUAACGGGCGAGAUUGCCUUCUCCUUGAAGUAUGAGCAGUCCUCCCAGACCCUGCUGGUCCAUGUGAAGGAGUGCCGCCAGCUGGCAUUUGCUGAUGACACCAAGAAGCGCUCAAACCCGUAUGUGAAGACUUACCUCCUGCCUGACAAAUCCCGACAGGGGAAGCGUAAAACCAGCAUCAAACAAGGCACUACCAACCCAAUGUUUGAUGAGAUCUUCCGAUAUGAGAUCCCCAAAUCCCUGCUGUCUCAGAGGGUCUUACAGUUCUCUGUCUGGCACCAUGGCCGUUUGGGCCGCAAUACUUUCCUGGGAGAGGCUGAGGUCAACAUGAACUCCUGGAAGCUUGACAAGCCUCUUGAUCAGUGGCUCCCCUUGCAUGGAAAGAUCAGCGCUGAGGCCCUGGCCAGCAUCCUGCCGCAGAAGGGCGAGUUGGUAGUUUCAUUGAAGUAUAUCCCAGCCUCCAAACUGCCUGUUGCUGGAGACCACAAAAAGAGCAAAGGUGGAGAUGGAGGAGAACUCCAGGUGUGGAUCAAAGAAGCCAAGAAUCUGCCCGCUGCCAAAUCUGGGGGCACCUCGGACAGCUUUGUCAAAGGUUACCUCCUUCCUAUGAGGAACAAGACCAGCAAGCGCAAGACUCCGGUGGUGAAGAAGAGCUUGAACCCCCACUACAAUCACACAUUCAUAUACUCUGGAGUAAAGCUGGAGGACCUGCAGCACAUGUGCCUGGAGCUGACCGUGUGGGAUCGGGAGCCCUUGGCCAGCAAUGAUUUCCUGGGAGGAAUCAGGCUGGGUGUUGGCACUGGCAUCAGUAACGGGGAGAUGGUUGACUGGAUGGACUCUGCUGGGGAAGAAGUGAGUCUAUGGCAGAAGAUGCGUCAGUACCCAGGCUCCUGGGCAGAAGGGACCCUGCAGCUCCGUCCCACCAUGGCCAGGCAGAAGCUGGGAUCCUGAGCGUUGGCUCUCCCUGGAGCUGCAGGAGCACCAGCUGGGUCAAGCUAGAGGAAGUAGAGGCAGGAUUCACAGUGCCUCGUUACAUAUACAGAUGUGCGCUUGUGUGUGUAUGUGUGCAUGUUCCUGUGCGUGUGUGUACACAGCUGGGCUCUCUGUGUGGCUCGCCAUCCUGCAGUGAAGGGGGACUGUUGUCACCUUUUAGACCAAUCCCGGUACUAUGGGUUUAUUCUUGGUCAGUGUUUGUGCCUGUGUUUAGUCUGACCGUGUUUGUUUUUCUUCUUGCAGAUUCCAUCCUGACCCAUCCAUUUUGGGUCAGGGUUAAAUGUAGUGUUUGAGAGCUUGAAACCACCAAGUUUUUCAUCCUCUUCUACUCUCUCCCAGCUCCCUGAGAGUUCACGACCUCCUGAGCCUUAGCUCUGCCCCCUGUUUGUGUAGGUUCUGAGGUACUUGUAUCUCUUGCCCAAGGCUGCCAGGGACAGGAAAAGGUGGAAGAAGUGAGAACAAAAGCAUCAAGUUCAUCUCCUUGGGAGAUGAAGGAACUCCCUCCCUAGUACUCAGUAAGGCAGCUGGCCUCCUUCACAUUUCAGCCUGUUUUCAGUUCCUCUUCUGGUCAGACAGGAGAGGUUUUUUUUGGGGGGGCACUCAUUGCUUUUCUUCCCUUUAAAGAGGUUCCCCCAAUUUGACCCCCCCAAACUCUAGUUGAAUGUCCAGUUUCCCCUUUGGGUACCUUGGAAUGGUGAUCAAAUUGGUUUUUUUCCUUAGUGUGUACAGCACUGCUAGGGACCUGGGAUAUAAGUUUAUGUCAGAGACCUUGGGCUCAAGAAGCUAGCCAUCUAAUGGGGAGAGAUGGCAAUGGGCUGAAUGACCAAUAUCUGGGAGAACAGCUUCAAAGAAAAGAGAGAUCCAGGCAAACUGUUCUGGGCCUGGGGGUUAGGGAAGGCUUUGUGAAUGACUUGGCUCCCAAGUUGGGUCUCCAGGGAAAGCUGAGCCUCCUGCCAACAAAUGGGGGCAGGAGGGCUAGUCCAUUUGAGGUAUAGAGGAUGGUCUAAGCUUAGAUAUGGAGAUAGACAAAGACAGGACAAGACCAGGUUCCUUGAGAUCCUUAUCAUCCCAAGGGGCUCUGGUUUUCAGAGCCAGGCUUUUAAGGUCUAAAGCCUUUAAUCCAGUAGUCUUAAAUAUAGCCAGCAUAUUUUGUUCUCCUAAGUAGGAGCUUAAACAUUGUCCCAGAAUUUUCUGACUCAGGACUACCCCCCCACAUCCACGCACUCAUUCUGAGCUUUCACACAAGCAUAACAGGUAUGGUAGAGCCCUUAAGGCCUCCACUGACCAGCAGUGGAUGCAUUGAUUCCUAAAGUGAGCCCAGGCCUCGUGCAGGGCCUGGGUAUGGGUUCUCUGAGUUUAGGUCUAGUGGCUGGGAAUGAAUUCUCUAAUGCUUGCUCAGCCUGUUCCACACUGACAAGAUUUCUUACCUCCCCCCCGCCCCCCAUUACAAAUGCACUCACCUAUAUAAAGUUGUUUGCAAAAGGAGCUGCAUUGGAGAGGAAAACAACUUUCUCUGGAGCACACCCCAGCAGCUGCUUUUGCCUAGCUGGCUGAAGAAAUCUGUGUUGUAGGGAGGAAUUGGAUGGAAGUGACAUCUAGCUUUAUCAGUUUGGUUUCAUAGUGGGAAGGGGAGAGCCCUGGCUCCAAUUUGGUGUGUUGCUGUCUGCCCUUUGGAAAGUUUUCUUUUGUUUUAA